AUGAAUAAUACAGAUGAGAGGAGCCAAGCCACAGAGGAAUGCUUAGAAGACACACAGGCUGCACACGAACAGACUGAAAAUGUUAUAAUAGAAGAAGAAACAUGCACUUUAUGCAAUGAUUCUGCACAGUGCGUAACAGUAUGCAAACACUUCUUCUGCUAUACAUGCGCAAGAGGAUUUAUUACUCAGUCAACUAAGUGUGUAGUGUGCAGUGAAGAAACCAAUGGAAUAGUAUUUAUCACUGUAAAUGAAAGUAGAAACAAACAAAGUAAAAAGAAGUAAAGAAGUAUUCAAUGGAGUAAUAUUAAUAAAUACAGAAUUAAUGUGUGCACAGACACUUUAUUCCGUCCAACCCGAAACACUCCAAAUACAUAA